GAUAUAAGAGAUGGCGGAGAAGUCGUCGGACGCGUCCGUGGCUUACCCGCUACUGGUGGUCGUGAAUCCAGAUCCAGAUAGUUCGUCGUCGCAGAAGGUCUUCAGUUUGGCCGACCAGAAGCUACAUGACAUGACCCCGUUGGAGUCGAACAACAAGAUGUACUUCACGACGCCGCAGGGCUGGGUCCUCGUCGUCGUGAGCGAUUCCAACUCUCCGUCGGAUCACGACGAUCCACCAGGAACGACCUACCUUCUGAACCCUCAGGACGGAUCAAGAAUCGAGCUUCCGGCUCUCAAGGACGACGGCGUGCUCCCGGAGAACUGCAGGUGCAUCUUAUCCGGCCGCGCCGCCGCCGCCGCCCCGGGCUGCGCCGUCCUCGUCUUCGACUUGCAGAGCCCCGUGCUGUGGUUCUGCCGCGUCGGCGGCCACGACGACGACGACGAGGGCAAUCGCCGCCGUCGUUGGACCCGCCACGGCUACGACAUCGGCUGCUACGCCCUUCCGGAGGAGUACUGCCCGGUCCCGAAGAAGAAGAACCUCUUCGACAUUGCUGCCGUCAACGGGAGGUUCUUCUUCUUCGACUCGAACGGCUCCCUCGGCACGCUGGACUUCGCCUACAACAACAACAACGACGGCGGCGGCGAGCUGGAGGCACGGCUGGGCGCCAUCGCCGUGCCCGGCAUCGAGUUCUCGGACGGCAUCACGUGCACGCACGUCCUGGAGUCCUGCGGCGAACUGUUCCUCGUCAACAUCGCGUUCCCCGGGUUCUGCGUCGACGGGCUGGCAGGGGAGCUCAGCGUCUACAGGAUGGAUUUCUGCUCGGAGCCGCCGGCUUGGCGGCGGACGCGCUGCGUCGGGGAUGAUCGGGCGUUCCUCCUCGGCUGCUCCAAUUUCGCGGCGGCCUGCCCUGCGAGUGGGUGUGGGCUCAAGGCCAACUGCGUCUACUGGGUGAAUGGUUUCGGCGAAGAGAACAGCGAGCUGCGUGUUUUUCGAAUCGACGACGGCUCGUCUGAACUUCUCCGGCGGUUUGAGAAUGGGCAGGGUGAUCAGAAACCCUUUUGGAUCGUGCCGGUCGUUGCAUGAUCGGCGCAGGUGCCCGUGUGCUAGCUCUUUGUUUUUAUUUCGCCUUCGUCGUGUGGAUUUAUUACUU